AUGCCUCUUCUACGAUGCAUGAUUUCUUGUCCUUGCCCAGGUGCAGAACCACGCCUAUCACGCACCGAGCUCCUUAUUGACCAUGUUUCUGGGGAAGAAAUCAGCAUAGCAAGUCACGAACCAUAUCUAAGCGUGAGACAGGACGAUGCGCUCGUCGUCUCACACCAAGAAGCGCACCGCUUGCCUACCCGGCCGCCACUCAUAUCGCGCAUCAGCUGCCGGUAUCAAGUUGCGCAACUACAUCGAGGCAUACUCGAUCCACUUCAUCUUAUCCUCCAGCAACCAUCAGCAAAGAUGUCUGGACAUUCGAUGGAGUCCAUGUUCGACAACAACGUGGAGAAGACUUCGUCCGGUCUGAGAAAGACCUCUCGUCAACCACAAAAGCCUGCGCAGGUGCGCAGCGCACAAGAUCAGACGACGUCCGGCAGCAUGUUGAUGUCGUCUCUCCUGCACAAGUCGGCACAAGCUCCUCGCAAGCGUGACCCGAACGCAACUUAUCGCAGUCAAGGAUGCGCCGAAGAGAAGACGCCUGCACUCACCCUUGCGAAGGAGAAGAAAGAUGCGGAGGAGAAAGAGCGUGCAUACAUGGCGCGCAACAAGUCCGUCGAGAAGUUCACCGCCACCACCGCCAUCAUCAACAAGUCCGCCACUGAUGCGGCAGACAUCUCUACUCUGCAAACCAACAAGACCACAUCCUCCACAGCCAGCCACACAUACCACGGCUCGGAAGCACUGAAGGCCUUCAGCAACCUUAACAUCAACAUGGCUACAGCCAUCUUGACCAUCACCCGCAACGUCGACUUCUCUAUCACAAUCACCGGCUCCGGCUUCUCCAAGAAGCGUACCUCUUUCGGCGCCGACAUGGCUGACCGCAAGAAAGACAUCUUCGGGAUCACUGGACAAGAACACUUCUCCGAUGCCAUCGGCAGGAAGCAGAAGACCGCCAUCUUCAAGAAGUUCUUGCCUAUUGGCAGGUCCACCGAGAAGGGUCAGCUCUCUGCGUCGGCCUAUGGUCGUCAAGUCGAUGGCGUCCUUGGAUUCCUGGACUACAAGAGCAAGAAGCACCUCGUCCUUGAAGUGAAGAUCUCCGACGACUCUCUCAUCACCGCCACGAUGACUGGAGUUCGACUGCUACCGGAUGCCGCGGUCAAAGGCGAGAACAAGACGAGGAUGUGGGGCUUCAACAUGGCCAAGUCCGUCUCUGAAGACAUGAUGAAGGUCCCAGCUGGCACGACUACCUCCGAUGAAGACGACUUCACUGCGUUGGAAGUCGAAGCUGCCAUCGCUGCAGCAUUCGAGAAGGAGAUUGCGGAAGUUGAUGAAGUGAAGUGCGACACAACCUCGAUGUCGCCACCGACCUCCACGACUCCUCUGAAGAAGAAGCGCAAGGCUUCCACCUCCACAGCUCCGUCUUCACAGCGACCUUCAAAGAAGCAGCGACCUUCGAAGAAGCAGCUUUACGAGAUCAUGGGCUCUCUCCCAGGUGCGUACAGCGCGCUCAACACGUCCGAAGCAAACACCAACGCGCCUGACUGCGACGCGUCUGUGAAUGACGAGGCAAAUGAGACCAAGAGCAAGAAGUUGCCAAAGAGCAACCUCAACACAAACAUGCACGUCUUUGCGCUGCACGACGUGCCAAUGCCAGACUUCCGCGAACUGCUUGCUAAGGCUCGCGUUCCUACAUGGGAACAACAAGCUCCGAUGCAACCCACUGGCGCCCAGCCAACCGUCAACGACUUCGGUGAUGAAGUCGAGGCACCGACUGCAGAAGCAAUCCUGGCCAAAGUGACCUUUGAUCGCGACACCAAGUUGCAGCAUGAGGCCAUGGAGCGUGAAGCUGCUCAGCUCGAGGAAGCCGAGCGCAAGAAAGCUGCCGCUGCCAUCAAGUGGAAGCAGGGCAAGCACGGCAUUCGCUACCGCCUUCAGGGCGACCACGUCCAUAUGGUGCCUCAAGGUCGUCCAUUGCGCGAUGCUACGGUCGAGCCAGUUAUGACGCAGCAGCUUGCUGACGCGAAGUCUGGCGGUAGGCAAGCGAUUUGGGAGAAGGAGAUGGGGUUCGUUGAGGAGAAGCGAGAGGUGGUGAAGGUGGCGGAGACUGUGGUCAAGCGGAAGGCCGAGGACACACCGGUCAAGGAGCCGAAAAAGCGCUUGUCUCUGGCUGAGUACAAGGCCAAGGCCAAGGCAAAGAAAGAGCAAGGUCAAGCAUCUCCUGCGCCUGCUACUGACAAGUACAUCAAGUGCCAGGCGCCUGCUCCGGAUAAGGACACUGAGAGUCAAGCACCUGCUUCGACCAACGAGGUGCAUACCGAUGCCAUGGCCGGUCAGCCAGCAACAAAGCAGGUUCAUGCUGAAGUGCCGACCGCUGUCGAAGCGUCGCAGUCAGAGCUCGCCGCUCAGCAUGAGAAGAAGCUUGAGCAGGCAACGACUCUUGCCCUCGAGAAAGAAUCCCAGGACAAGGCUGAUGCCGAAGAGGCACAGGCGAAGGCAUCCGCCACCAAGGAGCAGGCCAAGGCAGAGGCACAAGCUGCCGACGAGCAUGCAAAGGGCACUGUCGCCGAAGAGAAGGCCAAGACAGAUGCUGAUGCGGAGGCUGAGAAGGCUAAGGCCAAUGCUUCUGCAUCGAAGGAGCAGGAGGAGAUUUCCAUCUCGGUACCCACACCAAAGGUGCUCAAGCCCGUCCACCCUGCGGCUGCUGCGAGAGUCGCAUCGGCGCGGCAAAAGACUUUCCAGGAGCAGGUCCAGGAGCAGGAGCAGGGGAGGAAGAGAGAUGAUGAGCGGCACAGACUGAGGAGGCAGCAGGAAGCGGAGGCUGCCAUGGACAGCAAGGCGGCUGGGAACAGCACUGCACCAAUUGCAACCACCAGCAGCACGGCUACUGCCUCCGCACGUCCUUCGCACAACGCCUACGCUGGCAAGAUCCCGCGCAAGGGACCCUCUGGAGCUACAACUGAGCAGCCAAUCUCCAGUCCAGAAUCUCGGCCUCAACACAAUGGCCACGCCACGAAGUCUCCUUCGAUUGUCCACACCACUGCAGCUGCGACCCAGCAGAUGGCACCGAAAUCGAUGAAGCGCAAGAGCGAUGAAGCCCACAUCGAGCAAGACUUCCAGUCACAAUCGAACAAGAAGGUCAAGGUGACGAAGACGACCAGCGCAAAGAGAGUCACUGCUCGCGAAGAUUCUCCCGAGCCCAUCGCUGAGAAGAACGAGAUGGAUCAUGUCACUGGCGCGGGCCAGUCUUCGGAGCAGUCGCCGGAGCAUACUGCCGAUGAAUCGGAUACCUCAGUCCACAUCGCACCUGAUGUGGACACAUCAGGCACCACCGUCUCCGACGAUGACGCAACUCUGGGAACUACGUCCCAAGGCACCAAGCGAAAGGCCUCGGAUGCGGAUCAAGCGCCUCCAGCCAAGAGACGCCAGCCCACUUCGUCUGAGUCCGCUCAUGGCCCGCACCAGACAACGAAGAAAGCCACGAAGAAGGGUGUCGCCAACCGCGAAGUCGAGCAAUCAGGCACGAAGUAUCCCACCCUCCUCGACGACGUCGACGGUGAUGCUGCUCAGGAUGCGAUCGAUGAAGCCAACUUCGCGGCCGUGCUGGCGAAGAACGCGGCUCAGCCCAAAAAGAAGAAGGGCACCGCGGGUACGAGGUCACCACCGGUUGAGCUGUCCGCAAAGGACCUACAGAAGGCCUUUGAGAACGGCACUCUGAAGGAGAAGUUGAAUAACUUCUCUAGAUCCGAGAUCUGGGCUUGGGCGAAGGAGAUCGGCGGUGGAAUUGCAAAUGGUCUCAGCAAGGAGAACAAAGGCGGGCUCAUCACCGGCAUCGUGGCGGGCUGUCAGAUCAAGUUCGGCAGCUACAGUCAGCAGCUGCAGUCUUCCCGCUCUCAGCCUCGCGGAGAUCGACAAGGCGGUCAUGCACAACGUCGUCGCUCCAGCCCGGAGCCUCUCCGUCGAAACCAGAAGCCGGAACCCCUCCAUCGCACCCAGAACGCCAGCAUCGACAAGUCGACUCGCCGCCCUGCUACCGGCGCCAAAGCACCGACCGCCAACGCCAUGUCCCAGCUGAAACCCAGCUAUGCUCCUGGCUCCGGUCCCUGGGUCCGCGCCGAAGAGAAGCAGGCUCGAAGAGAAGCCACUGCUGCUGGCACCAUGUUCGACAUUGGUGCCUUCCAGCGUGCCACUGCUCCUGCCAUCAAGGCGUACGAGAAUGAGCAGGCGGAGAAUGCGAGGAAGUGGGCCGAAGCAGAGGCCAAGGAGAAGGCCGAGGAGAAAGCCGAGGAGGAAGCCAAGGAGCGAGCUGCUGCUCGCCCCCGCCAACAAAUGCCGCCUGCCGCCGGUGGUCGCUUUUGGGACCGCUACCGCCCAUCACCGCCGCCCGCAGGUCCCACGGCUGCCCAGCGGGAAGUGGAGGCUUCUCGUGCCCGCAACCUUUCCCGGAGGGAUGCGGCAAUUGAGGCGCGCCGCUUGCGCGAGGAGAGGCCGUUGAACUACUAG